AUGCGCAAGUGUCAAUCCGGUCGGGCGCCUCAUCCUAAUUUCCUCUGGGCUUCCGGCUGUGGGGCGGCAGCUGAUGUGCGUGCCUUCGCCGGGUUCUAUUUGACGAUGGAGGAGCAUUACUAUUCUUGCCUUCACGGUGCUCAGCUGGCCUUCGAUACGGAUCCACCACUAGAAACGAAAAAGACGCUGUCCGGCUCUCGCUGCCAUUCCUUCCUUCACACUGGAUCGCCCAGGGUGAAAGCUGGAGGCACACGAUUGUUCCUUCCUAAGGCUCAGAUCCGGCACGAAUCAGUCACAGAAAGUCCCUCAAGCGGGCAACAGCCAGAGUGUCGCUCAAUCACCAGCACCACCACCACCGCUAACCGUGACACUCCCUCCACUCUUCCUGAUUACUCCAACACCUCUGGUUCACAAACAACCAAAUCAUCCUCCCCCUCUCUUCCCCCCUCCCCUCUUCUGUCUGGUGCCUCUUGUCUACACCCCACCGUUCCUGGGGGCUUUUUUUUUUUUGUCGGUGUUUAUUCGGAUUGA